GUCCAGCAUCAUGGUAUUGGCAGUCAUCACUGCACUCUUCUCAAUCCUUGUUCUUGGCAAAACGUCAGGGACGCAGGACGGUGCUUAUUGCGAUACGGCACAAAACCCAUCAUGUGUCCUCUCGAUUGAUCCUCUUCAAAACCCGUACCCAUAUUAUUUCCCUCUGGAGAGUAAUGGAGAAACUGCUGGGCUCUUUCCGAUGCCAAAAUGUGGAAACGUUACACUAGAAGAAGCGACAAUCGACCAGCUACAGGGUGCUAUGAGCGAUGGGGUCUUGACGGCGGUGGAUCUGCUUAGGUGCUAUAUGAGAAGAAUCAGACAAGUGGAUGACUACAUCAAUUCAGUCAUUGAACUCAAUCCUGAUGCCAUGGACAUCGCAGUUGCCUUAGAUGCGGAACGUAGGGCCGGAAAUGUCCGCGGCCGGCUCCACGGCAUUCCGUUCAUCGUAAAAGACAACAUCGCGACAAAGGAUCAGAUGGAGACUACCGCAGGAAGUUGGAUGCUACUUGGGAGUGUAGUGUCUAGGGAUGCACAUGUGGUGGCAAAGCUGAGGAGGGCGGGCGCGUUACUCCUUGGAAAAGCGACUUUGAGUGAGUGGGCAGAUAUGAGGUCGAACAACUACUCCGAGGGCUACUCCCCGAGGGGCGGGCAGGCUCGAAGUCCCUACAACCUCACUCUCAAUCCCGGAGGGAGUAGCUCAGGGAGUGCAGCCGCUGUGGCUGGCAACGUGGUUUCCUUCGCUCUUGGCACCGAAACGGAUGGUAGUGUGAUUAAUCCAGCGGAGCGCAACGCAAUCGUUGGCUUUAAGCCUACUGUGGGUCUGACAUCGAGGGCUGGAGUGAUUCCAGAGAGUGUACACCAGGAUUCCGUCGGCACAUUCGGUCGCACAGUACGAGACGCUGCGUACGCAUUUGAUGCAAUAUAUGGGAUAGACGAGAGGGAUAACUAUACACUCGCGCAGGAAGGAAACACUCCAAGCGGAGGAUACUUACAAUACUUGACUAACAGGUCUAGCCUAUCAAGUGCAACAUUCGGCAUACCAUGGAACAGCUUCUGGGUGUAUGCAGAUAACGAGCAAAAAUCAACCCUUCUCUCACUAAUAUCGCUAAUUGAAUCUGCCGGCGCGACAAUAGUUAACGAAACUGAGCUCCCAAAUUACCAAAAGAUUGUCUCGCCUGACGGCUGGAACUGGGACUACGGCACUACGCGGGGAUAUCCAAAUGAAUCCGAAUACACCGUGGUGAAAGUGGACUUCUAUAACAACAUCAAGACCUACCUUUCCGAACUCAAAAAUACCAACAUCCGCAGCCUAGAGGACAUUGUUGCAUACAAUUAUGCCAACGAUGGGACUGAAGGAGGAAAUCCCUGGCCACUUGGUAUUCCAGCUUUCUACUCAGGUCAGGAUGGCUUCCUCGCCUCUCUAGAAUCCAAGGGAAUAAUGGACGCAACUUACUUCCAAGCUCUCUCAUUCUGUCAGAAGAGCACCCAAGAAGAAGGUAUCGAUGCUGCGCUAGCCAAUAAUGGUAGACCACUUGACGCGCUCCUAGUCCCUCCAGAUGUUGGUCAAACGUACCAAAUUGCUGCACAGGCUGGAUAUCCCAUGAUCACUUUGCCUGCCGGCGUUCAUUCGGACACUGGAAUGCCUUUUGGACUCGCGCUGAUGGGAACCGCGUGGAGUGAAGGAAGUUUGUUAAGGUGGGCUAGUGCUAUAGAGGACUUACAGUUCAGUAGCGGAACGGGUCACAAAAGAACUUUGCCGAAUUGGUAUGGACACCUAGAAAGAAACAUUCCGGUACGGAACUUGUGAGUGUUAGUGUUCGAGCCGUCUCACAGAAUGGUACAAAGUAAGGGGUUGAUCAUUCAAGAUUGUCACCAGGUUAUUCGAGAUAGUUAACAAUAAGCGCAUUGCGAAUUCAGUCACUUGGGCAGGCGAACAACAUAUUACUGCCUUAGGGCUCUGCG